AUGCAGGCCUCGCUUGUCGAAAUUUUGCUCUGUGUCAUUCGUACUGAGGUGGUCAACGGAUACAUCCCGUUAGGCGCGCUUUCUAGUGUCACACAGGCAACCCAGUUGUCGUACCUCUGGUCUCUUGACUUUAUCUCGACAUUUAAAUCUCCAGCUCAUAAGGGAUGGCGGAGAAUAGUAUUUCCUCUUGUUAUCUUAACUGUUUUACCUCUAACAUCGCUUGUUGGACCUUCGAGUGCUAUUCUUAUGAUACCCCGUCCAGAUACCCCACACAUCAUCCGAGAAGACAAUCGCUACCUGCCUAAUUCGACUAAUGAUGUCUAUCCUUCCUCCUUGAGCCGAACCAAUGGUUUGCCGAUGUGA